AUGGACGCGUCGGUAAACAAUGGUCACCCACCAAAGCCGCAGCAAGCACUCAGGUACAUCAGAAGCUCCCCGUACCUCUCAUGGGCUUCUCUUCGCAUCCACUUCCACCCACCCACACUGCGAUCAAGAGACAUUUCCACUUUCGCUACUUUGCUUCGCAUCCUGCUUGCUUUCAACUUCAUUCAAUCUCGUCCGUAUCUGCUCGCUCGUCUUCCAAUGUCGUCCUCCCGCAACGUCAACCCUUGGGAGCCUAGAACUGCCGGUGUAAUGACAUCGGCAGCAGCUGAGUCACUCGUGCCCCUUCAAAAAGACUUCAUCAAACGGUUUGUGGACCGACUGGAUAAGCCGCCGAUCUUUCACAGCGAAACCACACUCUCCAUUGCUGCUCUACGCUACUUCACAAAGCCACUCUUCGAGGACACACACGCUGAGAUCUCCAAGGUCGCUGAUUCCGAUCUGACUACCGCGAUGGGCAGGUUCGUUGGCAAUUGCGUCAAGAACAUGCUGAGUACUGGCGCCAUCUCUUGCAGCGGUCGUCGGUCUGGAGGCAUCACCGAAGAGCCUGCCGCUGGUGGUACAAUGGUACCGUCAGUGAUGCGGCCAACUGCUGCUGUCCCUGAUGACAACUCACGUCCAACGAAGCGCCUUCGUCCCGAUCACACUAUUGAAGAGAAGCUCGGCACUCCCACUGUUCCCGUUGCACAUGGCCUCAGAGCUCCACACGUCCGUGUCUAUGUCAACGAGGAUGAGACCCGCAUGGUCGAUGCGAGUACUCAGUCGACGCCCGCCACCCAAGACGAAGAAAUGAGCCCACUUGCCCCGUCCUAUGACUCCCUCCAAGACUCGUGUACGGACAAAAUGGAGCUACUUGAGCUAGGACUUUCAUUCGUCCGUGACUACACUGAGCACGCCUCAGAACAUGACCUUACCCUUUCGGAUCAUGUUGGCACUUUCUUGGACUGUGGCAUGAUAGACGCCUGGGAUCUCGACGAGGACUGGAUCGACGACAAUCGUGAGCGAUUGAUGAGAGUGAUCAACGCCUUAUACUCAUGA